AUGUUUGAUGAUCUAGGCUAUUGUACUAGAGUUCAACAUGGAGUGUUGAAGAUUUUGCAUGAUGAAUUGAUUAUUGCUAAAGGGUCUAAAAUAUGUGGUCUAUAUAUUUUAGAAGGUUCAAAUGUUAUUAUUAAUUCAUCAUUAACUAGUGGAGGCUUUCAUGACAAAGAAGAGCUAUGGGAUUUGAGUUUAAGGUGUUAUGAAUGCGUUGAGAAAGUUUUAGAGGAGUACAAUGAAUUUUGUAGAAAUCAAGGGAUAAAAAUGCGUGUUACCGCUGAGUUGUUAUUGAGUUUUUGGGGAAGAGCUGAGUUGUUAUAG